UCCUCCUGCCUCAGCCUCCUCAAUGCUGGCGUCACAGCCACGUGUCACCACACCUGGCUUAAUAAAUUGUAUUCUUUCAAAAUCCAGCUGUUUCUCUUGUUGCUGAGGCAGCCCCUGCCCACCCCUUCCCUGCUACAGCUUGGCAUCACCUGGUCCCUGGCUCGGCACCCCCUCCAUGCCAGGUGGAAGUGCUGUCCCUCAAGAUGCCAAUGGGGUGCGGUGGGGGUGUUCAUGGGGCAGCUGCCUGGAGGUGGCAGCCUGGGGCUGUUAGCAGGACCCGGAUAAAAGGAGUGGAAGGUUGGGAGCUGGUCCAGGGUUGGGUGCCGAAGGGGGCGCCUGGCUGUGACCUCCAGGGCUCCCUCUCUAGCCCUGCGCACCCUACCCCACCCCCGGAACCCUGAGGAGUGGGCCAGGCUCACCGGAACCUGUCGCCCCAGUAACCAGCAGGCAAAACGCUGCAGGGCUGCAGCCUCCUUCCCAGGCAGCAGCCUCCCCUCCCAUCUGCCCCCGUGACUGCCCAGGCCGGACCCUGCCCACCCAUGCAGCACCCCAAACCCUUCGCACCUGCAGCUUGCCGGGAAGGCUUCGGCGCCCAGGGCCUGGAGAGCACCGCAGGCCCAGGUGGCCGUCCCGGGCUCACAAGCACCGACCCUCUGCCCACCAUGGCCUCUACAAACCCACUGUACCAACCUCUAAACCCGGAGAAAGACGUGUUUCCAGGCCCUCCGGCAGGCUUCCAGAUGGCCCCCUGUGGGUGUUUCUUCGAUCCCCGCAUCUACCGCAUUGAAUGGACGGCCACCGACUUCGGCCAGGCCUUGUACAAGCUGGCGGUGGCCGCGGGCCCCACCUCGCCGGGCAGCUACCUCCUGGAGCCCCAGCGCUACGUCAAGGCCCCAGUGCCACCCCCGUACCCCCACUACCAGCCCGGGGGGCCCCCAUAUCUCAUGCCCUACCUCCCACCAGAGGGGCCCAGCCAUGAGACCCUGGGCUUCACGGGCGGUGGGGGGCCCCCCGGCUUUGUGGAAUUGUCCCCGCUGCUACUCCAAGAAGCCCGGGCCCCUCUGCCGCCCUCCAAAGACAGCAUACGGCCUCCGCUGCUCCUCACGCUGCCCGCUGAGGCCCCGCUGCCUCCUGGCACCUAUGGCCACUUCCGAGGCCAGGUCCCUGGGUCCGAGGUGGCCGGGUCGCCCACUGAGCCCUUGGCCUUACCUGGUAAGGAGCCACAAUGUGGCAGUGGAGCAGGGCCAGGCCUGUCCCACCCCCCGGCCCCCUGUGAGCCUAAAGCCCAGGAAGCCACCCCACCGGGGACGAGCGAGGCCCAGGUGUGCGAGGCGGCCCGGACGCUGGAGCUGCCGGACAAGGUGCUUCUGGAAGACGCCAUGAAGCUCUUCGAUUGUCUGCCCAGCUGCGCCAAGCCCAAAGCCACAGCACGUGCAGUCCCGGGACCGGUCUUGCCGGAGAGCGGCGGCGGCGGGGACAACUCGGCUAGUGACAUCCACUCACUGCACCUCCCAGAGGAGCUGCUGUCGUUUGACUACAGUGUCCCCGAGAUCCUGGACACGGUGUCCAGUGUGGACUCUCUGUUCAACUUCAGGGUGCUGGAUGAGGGGUUACGGCCCUGCCCCGGGACCCCUGGAGCUGACCCCGCCACCCCUGUCCUUCAGGCUGACACACGGGGGAAGAAGCGGCCCACCAGGAAGGUCAAAGCGGGGGCCAAGGGCAAGCAGGCAUCUGCAGGGGCCGGGCGGGACCUGGGCACUGCCCCCGAUUAAAGUGGACUUGGU